GUCACGUGACCGCCCCUUACUCCCAAAUCCAUCAAUUGAGGAAUAACCUAAGAUAUUUCUGUCUUAUCACCGUUAGAUCUGACUGUUUCCUCGGGUGCGUUUUAAUGCUCAUUAAUCCAAAGGAUGCUAUUUAAACGAACUGAGGGAUUCUAGCGACAUUCUCGGACUAAACGGAAGAUUGGUUUUCAAGGCAGCUGAGAUUGAAGUUCUUGUGUCUCUUUGCAAGCAGACAAAAAUACGGAACGGUCAUCAUGGCAGAAAACAACUUCCCUCCUCUGCCUCGGUUCAUCCCCCUCAAGCCAUGUUUUUACCAAGACUUCAAUGAGAUCCCAGACGGGUGUCGCAGCAUGUGCAAGAAGCUGUACUACCUAUGGAUCUUGAAUAGUGCCACACUGGCUGUUAAUCUGAUUGGCUGUCUGGCGUGGAUGUGUGGAGGUGGUGGAGCGACCAACUUUGGCAUGUCCUUCCUGUGGCUCAUCCUCUUCACCCCAUGCUCCUACGUGUGCUGGUUCAGGCCCAUCUACAAGGCCUUCAAGACCGACAGCUCUUUCAACUUUAUGGCUUUCUUCUUCGUCUUCAUGGCGCAGGUGGUUAUCAGUAUCAUUCAGACUGUUGGCAUUCCAGGUUGGGGAGUGUGUGGCUGGCUGGCUACCAUCACCUUCUUCAGCACCAACAUUGGCUCAGCUGUGGUCAUGCUGAUACCCACCAUCAUGUUUACUGCGGUGGCUGUCCUCUCCACCAUCGCCCUCACAAAGGUUCAUAACUUCUACCGUGGCAGUGGUGGCAGCUUGGGUAAGGCCCAGGAGGAGUGGACCACUGGGGCCUGGAAGAACCCCCACGUCCAGCAGGCAGCUCAGCAGGCAGCCAUGGGAGCUGCACAGGGAGCUAUGCAGCAGAACCAGUACUCAGCAGCACCCACCUACAACUACGACGACCCAAUGUAGGACAGAGGAGGGGGACCACACUGCCGUGUGGGAGAGAUACAAAGGGAUCAAUUAAGAACACAUUUCAGAAUUAGGUGCCCUUCAUUAUAACAUUGUACAAGCUGAAUUUAAACAGAACAAUGUAGAGAAAAGUCAAGUUUGGCCUAUUGAAUUCUGAUAUACGUGGGAGUUAAUAGUCAGUUACAUUUAAACCAGCAGCCAGUUAUUAAAGAGCUGUUGUCUGUUUUUUUAAUCUCUAAUGCUGCCCAAUUUUAGCUGGUAAAUGUGUGUGUUGCUUUCCAACGGAGACACAUAAUAUAGCUAAAACCAACAAGCCUCUGCCCUUGUCACACUUUAAAAUCAUCUUUUAACUACCUUAAAUAUGUUUUUUUUUUUUUAUGUACUGUAGUAGCUACAUUGUUAGAAGUGUUUAAUUUCAUUAGCCUUGAAGGUCACAACAUUUGCCCCUCAGUUGCUGUACUGUUGUUGUUUGCCACUCAGCUGACAAGUGUCAUAUACAACAUGUCCAAAAAACAUGAUUUCCCAUUAAAGCAAUGGAUUGACAGUUUGGGAAAUUCACCAAUUUGCUUUCAUGCUGUGAGUUAGAUGAGAAGACUGAUAUCCAGCAAGGAAGAGUGGAAUUCCAGCAAGAAAGCAGACAGUGUCAAGCUAUUCCUUUAAGUUUAGGGUACAAUUCAACCAUAUUUAUUUGGGAGGAUUGUUAUCCUUUAAAUAUUGGCCAAGAAAUUCAACGUCUUUUUCUUACUCUGUAUGUAAACUUUGUUACUUUUUUGUUGAAAAAGAAAAAGUUGAACUUGGCCAAAAUCUCGACAAUUGAAUCAGCAUUUCAAAAUAUAGCAAAAUCUAAUCAAAAUUAAAUAAUUUGUCUCUAAAAUCAGAAGACAAAUUAGAAGGUACUGGGAAUAUUUAAAUCCCAUAGAAAACCUUUGACAGUUAGUGUUUUGGUGACCUGAUGAUGUUUUGUUUUUUUUACUGAUAAAAGUUGCUCUGCGUCAGUGAACCUUUCAGACUAAUUUAACAUUUCCUUUACAUUCUCAGGAAAGGUGUGACAGCUGGUUUUAAGUUCUACCUGUAAAUCCCUUUCAGUGUCAACAUACCGGGCUUUUGUCUCCUUUUAUCACCAUUAUUCAAACAUUCGGGGUGUUUAGUUUCGCCAGUACACACUGGUUAUGUGUUUAGCUGGUUGAUUUCAGUUAAAUUAAUUAUUAUUACAUAUUAAAGUGAAGCACAUGCAGUAUUUAGGAUUGCAGCUCAUUGGAAAAAACAUUCCAAAUUAAUGUUGUACAGGUUAAAUGUGAAAGAAAACCUUAACACUUGCAGUUUGGAAAAACAGUAAAUAUUAAAAAUCAUUGUUGUAGGUGGUCAUAGCAUUGUAUGAAGUGAUGGAUGUUCUCCCCCUUUGGCAAAUUCUCCCACUUACCCCUACAUGUAAAUGCUUAAAUGACUUACUUGUUUCUGAAGCUCUGGAUUUCAGGCCUUAGUGUGUCAUUUCGUGGCUGUUGGUGUUAUUCCAUGAGUAGGUGUAAUAUGAUAUUUAUAAAAAAGAAAAUUCAAGCCAUUUAUUUCUUUAUGAAGUGAAAUUGAAAGAGAGGAUAUUUGUGUGUAGCCCUCGUGAGGCCUGACAGUGUCAUUUUGAUUUCAGUGGAAAGAUGUUUGCCUCGUGUCACUCAAGUCUUGUUUGAAAACUUCUUCAAGAUUCAGUAGAUGGUUAUUACAGUAAUACAGUAUUAGACUUGAAACAGAUGUGAAGAUCAGUAUCCGAGUGCUCGUUAUUUCAAAAACCUGUGAGUCGUCUUGUCUGAUUGUGAUGGUGUGGUAUUCAAUAGGCUGUUUGUUGUUUUACUUUUUUGUUGUUGUUUUUUGUACCACCCUAUUUUUUGUUUGUGUCUAUUUUGGAUGACGUAUGGAUGAGCACAUGUUCGGUGUGUCUUUCCAUGGCUGUGGCUAACAGUUUUUUUGUUGUUUUUUUUACUUUAUGGAAAUUUUUAAGUCACUUUUGCACUGGGUUACCUGUUGACAUCAGUGCAAACUUAAUUCACAGUGAAUCACAGUGGAGCAAUAUUAACAUAGAUAUAUUUAACUGUAGAAUUAUUAGGAUCAAUUGGGAUCCUGUUGUGCAGGCUUCAAAUAUAGACAUGAAUAGCAAACGGAUCAUAACAUAAAAGUGUUUUGAAUUUUAAAAUGGGCCUGUUUUUAAGUUGGACAACACUAUUAUAAUUUAACAAUCGCAUAACAUUUUCACCAGCAGAUGCACAUACAGUAGUUAUGAAGUAUAACCCUGUAAACUGUACCAUUCACAUGCUCAUCUGUGAGCAAAAGUAUUGCUGAUCAGUUCUUUAGAUUAAGUGUAAAGUGUGUACAAAGAUGAACAAGCACGCUACUUUUCUCUGUGUGUAGUGAGUUACCAUGGUCUUUGAAGAAAUUUGGCCCUGUCCAGACUUUCUACCAUGUGUACAUACAGCACAGUUUAUUUGAUUAUGGAAAUUACAUCUGUAUAGUUCUCGUGUAGCAAGAACUGCACUGCACUGGACAGCUAUUACUCUGCAUUUCACAUCGCUGUAUCAAAGCUUCUGAAAGCCAUUCCCCAUUAACUCCCCUAUGUUUCCACAUGUAUUGUAGGUUGUAUUAUGAUGUACCAUAUCUUAACUAGAUAUAAAUAUAUAAGUACUUGAGGUGAGGGAAAUAUUUGCCAUGGAUAAACACAUUCUGUAGAAACAUGCUCUAAUGAGGUGAGUGAAACGUUUGAGGAGGCUGUGUCUCCAUGAAUGAAGUAAAUGAGGAAUACAUUUUUGUGUAUUACUUUUGUAUUAUUUGGUCUUACCCUAAUAGAUAUUAAAAAAUUCUUGUUGCA